GAAAUGGAAGCUCCAAUGAAGUACAUCUGCCUUCUAAUGCUUUUCGUUACUCUAGGCAUUGCUGUGAUUGAUGGGGCUGGUGAAUGUGGGAUAUCUUCUCCUGACAUGGAGGCUACGAAGCUGGUUCCCUGCGCAGCAGCGGCACAGUAUCAGAAAGCUGGAGUUUCUGACAGGUGUUGCAGUCAGGUGAAAAAGAUUUCCCAGAACCCAAGAUGCCUUUGUGCUGCUAUGCUUUCUGAUACAGCUAGAGACGCCGGAGCUAAGCCAGAGGUUGCAGCGACCAUUCCCAAACGCUGCAAUAUUGCUAAUCGUCCAGUGGGAUACAAGUGUGGAGGUAACCCGCCUUCUUCCUUUAUUUCUUUUAAUUUAAGAUUGCAAGUACGAUUUGACAAAAGCUAUAUAUUACCAUUUUUUGAUAAUAAUAAAUAUCAAUAUAUUAUAAUCCCAACUAUUUAA